GUGAAACAUAAAAUCUGUCUUCUUUUCUAGUUAAAUAAAAAUGAAGAUACAACAGUGUUUUUUGCAGCUUUGACUUUCCAUUAUUAUCUUAGUGUUCAUUUCAUCUUGUUUAAUAGUCAAUCAGCUAUUUUUUUUUUUUAUUUCCCUAGUAUCACAUAAUUUGCUUAAUGUUGUUUUUUCUAGAAAACAUGGCAAAGGUUAAGAAACGUAGGCAUGAUUCAUGAUACGAUUCCUCAUCCCAACGAUGGAGUUAAUCAUCCCGUGCAUGUCAAGGUAGCCCGAAGAUGCUUGCAGUCUAAGAAAGAUGCUUCAUCCUUUGGAUGGUUGUAUUAUGGGUCCCAUAACUUCAGUGCCACUGCUUGGGGACGUCCAAUUUCUAAUUCACGUAGGACAAAGGCGGUUGGAGCUGUGAAGACAAAUUCUGUAUUGGGUUCAAAACUUCACGUCUGCAACUACGAGCUUGGUAUCGUUUUCAUUGUUCCACUAUCAGAUGCAAACAGUAGUGCCAACCAUAAGAGUCCAAGUUUGGAUGAUAUUAUAUUGCCAUUUGUCGUGCCUACCCCGAAAUAUAGACCCAGUGACACACCAGCAACAAAACAGGCUAUGAGAGAAGCAUUGGCUGAACGCUCGAGAGAGAUAUCUCUGGAAGCAGUUGCAUUUGAAGAAUUGAUGGAAGAAGAAGAGAUAGCAGAUGAAGAAGAGAAAGUGUUGGACGCAACUGAUUAUGUCGCAAAGGAGCAGGAAGAUCAGAAAGCUUAUGCUGAUAUAUUAUGGAGCCAAAGUUGAUUCAUCUGAGCUUCUAAUUAAAUUGCUUGUGGAGAGGAAAGUAAUAAAUGGCUUGAAAUGUUCAUGUAUGUGCUUCCUCCAGAGCUGUCAUAGAGAAAUAUAAAAUCUGAAGAGAAUGUUGUACCCUCUAGUUGUACAUUAGAUUGAAGGGAAUUGAUGUAUACACUUGUUUUAGGAUUGUAGCAUUUUAAGAUGUGAUGCUGUGGGGGUUUGAAGGGUUGCUGUGCCAAAGGACUAUUCUUUUCAUUAGUUUAUGAUUGUAUUGGGGGUUGAGUAGGUCUUUAGAUUUCCAUUGUUUAUAUAUACUAGUGGCAUGAACAAAAAUAAAGGAUGAAUGAGAUUGCAAGAAAGUGUUGAUCUGUCUUCAUUUUCAAGCUUGCCUUCAAUUUUUAUGAGCAGUGGGCUUUGAGAUUCC